UAUGAACUAGUUAACAGCAAAUCCAGGAAGGAGAACAACAGAGGAAAUUCCAGUCAAAAGGGUCAUGCCGUUGUGUGGCAGUUGACAACUAUUUGUAGGUCUUUGUAGGUUUGUGCACAUACGUCUCUGAUGCCUCAGAAACGUGGAACAAAAGAGGGAUGAGUGCCUUUGACAGCCUGUUUCGAAAUUUAAUCCUUACAAGUCAAUUUGUGAAAGGAUGGGGCCAACCAAAACAUCUUAAAAGGUUACUGGAUCUUAGGAAAGUUUUAUCAGUUCGGGAUGCAGCAUACAGUUUGGUUGACAAAAACCAUAAAGUAAACAUAUUUUAUGAGAAAACAGAGGGAAAUGUCAAGGUAUUGGAGGGCGAAUUCCACUCACCAUGGGAUAGUAUUAUCCCAGGGGUCAUGCCAAAUGUCGUCAAAAAUGCUAGGUUCCAGAUGAUACUUCCACACAGAUGGCAAGGCCCUACUCAGCCUAUCUGUAUUCAUCACGGAGGGACGGGGGAUCAUGGUUACCUUCUGAGAAGAAGAUUAAUGGCUGAACCCUUAUUGAGUGAACAUGGAAUCGGCUCAAUCAUUAUUGAAAGUCCAUUCUAUGGGACCAGGAAACCCAAGGACCAAUUCCGUUCAAGCCUACAGAACGUGAGUGACCUGAUCGUUAUGGGGGGAGCUCUGAUGUUCGAGACAGUGGUCCUCCUUCACUGGUGUGAGGAACAAGGGUGGGGACCAUUCUGUCUGACUGGCAUUUCUAUGGGAGGAUUUAUGUCUUCAUUAGCUGCCACAAUAUGGCCGAAACCCAUUGCACUAGUACCGUGCCUAGCAGGGGUCACUGCCUCUCCAGUGUAUACAAGGGUGAGUACUGAGUAG